AUGUCGUUCAGAUUUGACAGAGGCACCUUCGAGGACAACUCGUUCAAUGAGCAAAUACGUGAAAAACUUACUGCCGCUUUGAAUUCGAGCUCGUCGCAAUCGGAAUCGGCACCAUCACAGGGUGCCAAGACUGCUGCGAAAAAUAUGGAAGAAGUGGAAUCGGAGACCAAGAGUUCCAAGAAACUCGAUAUUCUCAAGAGCGGGAUUACGGUGCGACGCGUCAAUUUCCCCUCGAUCCCACAGCUCGAAAUUUUGGACCUGGACGUCUCUGCGCAGUCCAAAUCGCUAUUAAAGGGCAUCUGCAAAGUAUCCUGCAAGAAUGCAAUGCUCGAAAUCAACACUGAGAUCGAGGCCAAUUUGCUACUGCUCUACACGGACAACUCUCCAGCGUUCACUACCCCCCGUCUGAUCUCGAACGAUUCCUUCACGGUGCCCAUCACGAUGACCUUUGAUCGCAUCGAACUCGAGGCCAUCACCAACAUUUUUGUGAAGAACAACAGCGUUGGCAUCUCGUUCAACGACGUGAACCUCGACUUCAAGUUCGACUGUUCCAUCAAGCUGCUUCAAAGCAGCAUCGAAAAACGACUCAAGGGCUCCAUGGAAAGUGUAUUUCGAGACGUGCUCCCGAGUGUGAUCUUCAGCAUGAGCCAACGUUGGUUCACGCAUGGGGAGGGCGGCACCGGCGCCGGUGAUGACCGCAGCGUUUUCCCGGCCGAAGACCAUAAACGCGUACCCAAGACUAUUCUCGACGAAAGCGAUCUCGAAAAUUUGUCUGCUUCCAACAUGCUGCGGCUCUCAUCUCUGGUGGCUUCAAGGCAAUCGCUUUCGCUGAGCUCUACGGCCUUGAAAACGCUUUCGACCAUCCCCGGUUGCCUGGAGAGACAGAAUUUGCACCGGUUCAACUCUAGAAUUCCUGCGCUCAGUACCUUUUAUCCAGACUAUGAGGAAGAAGAGAAACUCAUGACCCGCUCUGCGAGCAAUAACGUUGUAGUCCAAACCGCUUGCAAGGAACAUGCCAAUACGCUACCGCAGCGGGUACUAGACGAGCACACAUACGACCUGAAAACGAUUGCUUCGGUUCAGUCUCGCAUCUACGAACGUAGCGGCGGCGACACGUCCAACAUAAGGCGGAGGAAAAUAAAAAUAAAACGGAAGGAUGUCAAGACAACUCAUUCGUUGCAGGAGGAACAGAUUCCGCAGAGUCAGUCUGGCGAUACAAAACUGCAUCUCGCGCAGAGACCGAUUGCUUCUGACACGAUUUUUCACUCACCACAACCGCUCAGCGCGAUCCAAUCACCUUCAGUUUUAUGCGGCGAAGGUGGCGAACAAGAAUCUUUGUCAGGGUCUCCACUAAGCGAUAUACCGCAGUUACAAUUGCCCGCAACAGUUUGCAAAAAUUUCAAGAACACGACGCAGAAGCUAAGUCUUCUAGAGGAAGCUCAGCAGCUUAAUCAUAAACGAGAAUUCCAAAAGCUGAGGUCUAGCCUUUACUCUCCUAUGAGAAACAGCAAGUUCUGUGUCUCGCAUGAGUUGGAAAGCCCAUUGCUCGACAACAAAGGAUUGACAUUUGUUGGCCUCGCACAGAAAUGGAAAUGGGGCACAGAGGACUUGCCACCACCCUACGCUGGGUGA